AAAUACACAACUAACUCAAUUCUUCAUCAUCAAUCAAAUUGAAACUAUCUCAUACCUGAAAAUGGGAAACAAAUUGCUUUUCGUUCUUGUAGCAGUGGCUCUCGUCACGGUGCCAAAAAACGUGAGUGCUCAGAACUGUGGUUGUGCUGAAGGGUUAUGCUGCAGCCAAUACGGGUACUGUGGAACCGGUGAAGAAUACUGCGGCACAGGGUGCCAGCAGGGUCCUUGUACCUCGUCAAGUUCCCCGAGCAACAACGUUAAUGUUGCCGACAUUGUCACAGACGCGUUUUUCAACGGCAUAAUCGAUCAAGCUGAUUCUGAUUGUGUUGGCAAGAGCUUUUACACAAGAGAUGCUUUCCUCAGUGCUCUCGAUUCCUACACCGACUUUGGCAGAGUUGGUUCCGAGGAUGACUCCAAGCGCGAGAUUGCAGCUGCUUUUGCCCAUUUCACACACGAAACUGGACAUUUUUGUUACAUCGAAGAGAUUGAUGGUGCGAGCAAGGACUACUGCGACGAGGAUUCGAUUGCACAGUAUCCAUGUUCUUCGAGCAGAGGGUACCACGGUCGUGGCCCGAUCCAAUUGUCGUGGAACUUCAACUAUGGACCAGCAGGGGAGGCUAACAACUUCGAUGGAUUGGGCGCGCCGGAAACAGUGUCGAACGAUGUUGUCGUGUCUUUCAAGACAGCGUUGUGGUACUGGAUGCAACACGUGCGGCCUGUCAUAAACCAGGGGUUCGGUGCAACCAUCAGAGCCAUCAAUGGUCAACUCGAGUGUGAUGGUGCAAACCCCUCUACUGUUCAGGCUCGCGUUAAUUACUACACAGAAUACUGCAGACAAUUGGAUGUGGACACUGGUGAUAAUCUUACUUGCUAAAUUCAUACUGUGAAUAAUAAAUGAUUCGUUUUGUAUGAAUCAUUUUUAUUUGUAUUUUUUCCCUUGAUAAAGAAUUGAAGGCUUUUUGUUGCCUCAUUCUAUCUCAUUGUUAUUGUAAUCGCUCUUGUGGAGUAAAAUAAAAAUAGCAUCCAACAUGAAUUUUCUGCA